UUUUUCGACGCAGUUAAAAUUUUUGUUUAAAUAUUUAUAAAAUUUUUGUUUCGAGUCACGAUGCGCUACUAUCCAAAUGCUGAUGUUUGGUUCUAUGUGGACAAGCCCGGCUGCUGGGGCAAGUAUCAGAAGCAUGGGCCGCAUUUCAGUUGGAAACUGCCCAAUAAGGAGUUUACGCCCAAGUAUAUGCGCUACUGGCGGGAUAGCGAAGGCUAUAAGAUGCCCGAGAUACAGCGCAAGGACUUGUACUUUAAGGAUAUGCCCAAGGAUCGCAUACGCCCGCAAGCCUGCCUGGGCAUGCUAUACGCAACUGGAUAUCGCUUCAUCAAACUAACACGUGCCCCACCAGCGGGCUUCAAGUGUGCGCCGUUGCCUGUGAAUCUGGAAAUGGCCAAGCUGGUCAAAAAGGAUUUGGCCAAGAAGCGCAAGCAGGCCGCGGCGGCUGCGAAGAAGGCCAAAAAGGAGGCCAAGAAGGCAGCAGCUCAGGCCAAGGCUGAUGCCAAACGCCGCGAGGCACUAGGCAAACCACCGUUGCCACCACCGCCACCACCAGCGCCAAAAGAAGACUAAAUAGCAAUUUCUAAAAUUAAUGUGCAAUAUAAAAUAUAUGAAAUGUUAGAUAUG